AAAGAAAAUAAGCAGAGACUCGAGGAAGCACCAUUUUAUCCAUCUCGGAUAAAGUCCUCCUUUUCCAUCCCUCUACUUCGCGACAGAAAAUCAAUGGCGGCAAUUGAAGCUGCACUUCCUAUCUUCUCAGUCUGCUCUUCUUCUUUUAAACUCCCUUUUUCCUCUAACAAAGUACUCUGCAAAAAACUCCGUAAUUUUACUCCUAUCCCCAUUCUUUUUCCCAAUUAUCCGCUUUCUCCUCUCCCACUCGUCGUCAACAAACCCUCAAGAAACAACCUCUGCUUUGAACUAUGUUCUGCGCUGCAGGAAGUCGUGUUAGAAGAGGAAGCAGAGCAAGCCGAGGGAUCCAACCCGAAGAGCAAGCUUUACCUGGUCAAUCUUCCCUGGUCUCUCUCUGCUACGGACAUCAAGAACCUCCUGGGCCAGUGCGGAACUGUAAAGGACAUUGAGAUAAUAAAGCAGAAAAAUGGGAAGAGCAGAGGCUUUGCCUUCGUGACAAUGGCGUCUGCUGAAGAAGCACAGGCUGUGAUUGAUAAGUUUAACUCUUAUGAAAUAUCGGGUCGGAAAAUAAGGAUAGAGUUGUCAAAGAGAUUCAAGAAGCCUUCUCCUCCACGUCUUGAAGCUCCCGCUGCUGGAGAGACACGCCAUAAAAUUUAUGUGUCAAAUCUUGCAUGGAAAGCAAGAUCUACUCAUCUUAGAGAUUUGUUCUCUGAAAACUUCAAACCAGUUUCAGCCAGGGUUGUCUUUGAUGCCCCUUUAGGGAGAUCUGCCGGUUAUGGCUUUGUCUCUUUCGCUACACAGGAGGAAGCAGAGGCUGCAAUUUCCGCUUUGGAUGGGAAGGAACUGAUGGGCAGACCACUUCGUCUGAAAUUCAGUGAAAAGAAUGUUAAUGAAGCUGGAAUUGAAAAGGAAGAAGACUUAUCUGAGGGUCAACAGGAAGAGCUGUAGAUCCAUAGACAUCCUUUCGUCAUCUUUAUGCUUGGGUUACUUGUUUAGAGUAACCUGGCUGAGCUCCAAUAUUUGGCUGUACUGCCCGUGAAAGUGAUGGAAGGUCUUAUCUUUGGUCUGUAUAUUUUCCGCCUUCAUGAUUCUUUUCUAUUAUAAUUUUGAGUACUGUAUAGUAACAGUUACCUUUUUCAUCAUUUUUUCCCACCCGUAUCUUCUUGAUCGUGUCAGUGUUCUAACAUACAAUUCCUGCUUUAUUCCAGAUUUAUAGGUAGAAAUUUAUUUUUUCUACUAUUAUUGCUCAAAGAAAGCUCUUUUCUGGUGUUA